GCGUGGGGAGAAAAUUGUGUGGGAUUAUUAUAAAAUGAGUGCUGGGAAAUAGAAAAUGUGAUCUUUUAAUUUUGUUUUCUGCAUCUGAAGCUGACUGGCAUUUUAAUUAUGAACUGGGCUGUUUCACUUAAUGGUUUCUUGUGAGUGCAAGUUUAAAGAGACCAUAUCCGUUUGGUUUUCGCCGGUAUCGUGUCUCCUUCCACACCAAAAAUAACCUGUCUUGUCACGGUUAUUGAACGUUAUACAAGAACCGGGGAGUUUCUUGUGAUGGCACAAAAGAACAAGAUUUCCGCUGUGGAAGUUUCAAGCAAGAAGUUGUUAAAACCAAAACUGAAAUCUAAACAAAAGAUACAAGGAUCUAAAAAGGAGAAUGCUUUUGAAGACAACUUAUUAAAAGGAAAAGAUGCUGGACAUUCAGAAUUUCAGACAACUGAACUUCCUGAAGAGGAAUUAGAACCUAGAAUACAAAAGAUAAAGAUCACCUUGGGAAAUGAGAAAGAUAAACAGUACAAAAGUAACUUUGUUACCAAGGACAGCCAAGAAGAGUCUUUUAGUGAUGCUUCAUCCUCAACAUCAGAUGAUAAGGUUAAUGGAGAGGAUAAUGGACAACUGGCAAUUAGAAAGCCAAGAUACUGGUUAGAAAUGAAGGGGAUGGAAGCAUAUGUAGAAAAAUGCAAGCAGAAAGUAGUGAGCAAACCUGUGCAAAAGAAGAGGAAAAUGGAUACUGUUGACACCGAAUUCCCCAGGAAAGGAAGAAAGCUUACAGUAACAAAUAAGCAUACUAAAAAGAGAAAAUCCUUUAAAGUCAAUACCAAAGCACAACAACCAAAAUCCAGAAAUCGCUGUCGGUAUGUGAGAAAGGAUUCCCCUUCGUAUCCAGCAGGAAGUCGCGAGGAACACUGGUAUUUGGAAAUUCUGGAAAAAGGAAAGAUUACAUGUCCCACUUGUAAGGCUGUCAUGAGGAAGACAGUAGAAGGAUUGAAAAAACAUAUGGCAAACUGCAAAGAGGAACCCUUCAUUUGCCAACACUGUGGAAAACAGUUAAAGUCUCUAGCUGGGCUCAAGUAUCAUGUAAUGGCAGACCAUAACAACAUGCCAAUUUUAAAAGAUGGGGAUGUAAUUGAUGAACAGAGUGAGAGAGACAGACUUCGGAAGGUGUUGAGGAGAAUGGGCAGACUGAAGUGUCUCCGGGACUGUGGUGCCAGCUUCACUAGUAUAAUGGGUUACCUUUAUCACCUGAAGAAGUGUGGCAAGGAAGAAUCUGAGUUAAUAAAACAAUUGUAUAAAUGCCAACAGUGUGGAAAGCUGUACAAGUCAAAGGCAGGCCUGGAUUAUCACUUGAAAUCAGAGCAUGCCCCGUCACCGGAAACUACAGAUGAUGAAGCUGCUGAAAAAAAAAGUGAACCAGAUGUGGAGAGAACAUGCAGUGGAAGAGUGCGGAGAAGCUCUGCCAAACUGGCCGUUUACCACCUGCACGAGAUAGUCGCAGAUGAACUUGCUCGAGAAUGGCCUCGGAGGAAGAUCCAACGAGACCUGGUACCAGAUGACGACAAGCUAAAGUACACUCGGCCAGGCUUACCUACGUUUAGUAAUGAAGUGCUCCGCAAGUGGAAGGAUGAAAUGAAAACUUAUAAGAGAGUACAGUGUCCAAAUAAGGAUUGUGCUUCCAAUUAUACAAGCAUAUCAGGGUUGAAGGCUCAUCUUGGUUCUUGUACAAGGGGAGAGUAUGUUGCUGGAAAGUAUAAGUGUCUGCUAUGUGAAAAAGAAUUCGGCUCUGAGAGUGGAGUAAAAUAUCAUAUUAAUAACGUACACUUUGAGGACUGGUUUCUUCCUACUUCUAAAGCAGCUAAAGAAUUCAAGCCCUUGGUGAAAUUUAGCAAAAAACAGCCUAAAAUAUCAACAAAGAAAAAGUCAUCAUCAAAAGUUGACAAGAAACAGAAUGCACAAACAGUUUUAGAGAUGUCCUUCCUUAAAAAAGUCUGUGAGAGUUCUAAAGAACAUGAUCAAUAUAGGUUUACUGAUAGUGAGGAAGAACAAGAUGAACAAGAAAAAGUUGGAACCUGGCAUCUCAAAAGACCAAGUGCAAAAGCUGAAUUAAAGACUGAUCAAGCCAAGAAAUAAGCAACUGUGGUGGAUUAAAGAAUAAUAAAUGGAUUAUUUAGCUUGACAGACAACCACAAGCUGUAUGGGCAUUGAUUAAAACACAGUAACAGAUCUGCAGAUAAGUAUAAUUUGCAUUUGUUGACAAGGUUUUUUUUUGUAAUUUUAAGUUGUGCACUCAUAUCCAUGUGUUCUUGGGAAUAAGGAAUUGGACCACAUUAAUUUUUUUGUCAUACAUAGUUUGGAAAAAUGAAAAUAAAAGUCAGGUUGUGCGCGUACAUUUAGUGAAGACUGUGGAUGUGUUUUGUGUGUAAUGUAAACCUUCUGCUUCACACUCCCUUAAUAGUUAUAGUUUAAUAUCCACAUGAUGGAAAUGUUGUGCUAUUUUAAGAGGAGAAAAUUAUUAAUAUAAUUUCACAUUUCAUAAAUAAGAAUCUGGAGUCUCAGUAUAAUUCACUACAGGGGUGAAUGUGCUCAUUUUUGUGCGCCACUGGUUUGGAAGAGGCUAGAAAUCACUGGUGCUACGUACUGACAAUGAUCUGAUUACUUCAUAUAUUUCAGUCUGUUUCUUUGUGCAAAGGAAGAAUUCAGGCUAGAAAUCCCUGUAUGACAGAUUACCACCUGUUUCAAGAGGUACAAAGAAGACUGGUUGUAAUCUUGGGUGUUAAAAAAUGAACAUGUUUGUUUAUUUAUUUAAGAUUUUUUUUGUGUAACAUUUGAAAUAUUAGAAAUGUUGUCUAGCGGUGGCUAGUUAUUAAGUUGUGCUGAUCUAUAAUGCCUUAAAUUUUCAGGGCAACGAAUAAGAAUACUUGAUGUAGAGUCAGUCUCAUCUUCUGACGUUUUCAUAAGAUUAAUUCUAGAUUGUUGGUAGUUUUGGUGGUUCAUCGGUAGCUUUCCAAAUAAAAAUAUUGCAUUUUGUUUCAAUAGCUGUCUACAUGCGCUAUACUAAAUGCAACAAUUUAAUCUCCUUUAUCCAAUUGUUACAGAAAAGGAUAUGUAAUUAUCAAUAGCACAAUUUUCGAUUUAUUCCAUUUAACAGGAAUACCUCAAACCUCCUGAGUUUUCUACUCUUGAUGGGAUAAGUAAACUUUAGAUGAAAAAGAGUUCCUUUAUUAUAGUGUGCUGAAUGAUAGCAAUGUGAGCUAUAUCUGCAUGUCAUAAGGAACCUACUGUGAUAUCCCAUUACUUGGACAUCAUGAAUAAUGUAUUCUUUAUGUGAUGGCUUUCAUUAUUUACAACAUGAAAUUUAUCUGAUAAUGUAGUAAACACAGUCAUUUUUAAUAAUUUUAUUGUUCAGGUUCUCUGUCCUUUUUACCUGUCUUAGUAUUAGUGAAGACAAGCAUGUGAAAUCUGUUCUUAACAAUCAACUUUGCUAAAUAAACUUAAUCUCUCAGUGCCAACUUGGUAGAGACCAGCUAAAAAGCUAAUCAUAUUCAGGGUGUAGUAGUACUAGUACUGCAAAAUAUUUUUAAAAAUGUUAUUAUAUAGCUGACAUCACAAAUUAAAGUUAUAAUAUAUGUAUAAUUUCAAGGCAUCAUCAUUCAGUUAUGAAUUUUUGGAAUUCUAUACCUCAGAAAUCAGUGAAUAUUCAGCUGCAGAGUACACUUAAAGAACUGAAAACAAUGAAUUUAUGAGCACCAAAGGAACCAUGUGUGGGAACAAGUGAGAAAGCUGAUUUGAGGUAGCUAUGAUCUUAAUGGCAAUGCCAUUUUUGAAGCAAUUUGCUCUCCUGCAACUCCUGUUUCUUUCUUGUCAAAAAUCAUCAGUAAUCACCAGUCUUUGGAAAUGAGCAUAAAGUAAAUGCUACCCAGGAAUCAUUUUAUUGAAUGUACAUACACUACGCAAUGUGCCUUUAAUGUGUCUUUUACAAACCAGGUACAUUAUUACAAUAUUUCUCAAAAUUUGGCUUUAUCUUAGUAUAAGUAAUGACUGUAACAAUUAAAUCACGAAAUAACCAGUGAUUUUUUACAUGACAAAAGGCAUAUUAAAAGCUUUUUUUUAAUAUUAGGCUUUUAUCUACAAUGAUUUAUCUCUAUUAUUGAAAUGUAACCGUUAAUAUUUUAAAAUGCUUUACUGCAUUCUCAAUGAUAUUUUAUGAUUCUAUUGGUAGUUUCUAACCUAAGAACCAGCAGGAGAUUUAGCCUUAUUUUAUUAAAAUUGUGUUAGCAUUAAAUUUAUAUAAAUGCUUUUUGUUUGUUAUAAAUUGGAGACUAAAGCCGUUUUACAAUCUUGCAUUACAUUUCAGUAAUAUUGUUUCUGACUAUCACUUCUCUAUGACAUAGACAAAUUAAUUUACACAAUAGUAAUUGUGAAAGUGUACAUUUAAGUAAGCAUUUCUUUCCAGGCACCUAAGACUCAAAAUAAACAAGGUGCUUGAUUAUAACAUGAAUAUGCACAUGUACAUGCACUUGCUCAUGUUGUGGUGUGAAAAUAACCUCUUGCCCAGAAUUCCUUCUGGUAUAGUGAUAAUCUAGUCAUACUAUUUUGACCAUCAAUAUUCUCUGCAUUUUUACAAAUAUUAUCUUGUGCUCUGUGGAACUUCAUUCUUUUUUGUGUCUGACUUGGACAAUUAAAAUCUUGGUUAUAGCAAUGAAAUUGAAUGAGUUUGUUUCAGUGCAAAGUUCAAAGACCUUUUGUAUUUAGUGUUGUGGAGAAAAGGAGAAACAAAGGCAGUGAAAAGAAAGUACUCAAUAUAAAAGAACAAAAGGUGCUCCCAAUAUGACCAGCUCAAAGGAUUAAUUAAAAAUUGAAUUUUUUUUUGUCCUUCGAUGUUGUUUUUCUAUGACUAUGCACUUCUCUCCAAUUUUCUUUCCUUUGCAAACUUUCUCAAUAAUGAAGUGUUACAGGCAACAUCUCCUGUCCAUUCUCAAAUGUAUUAUUUUUCACGAUAAUUUUUAAAAAUUGCAGUCAAUUUGAUUUGAUCUCAGUGUCAAGCAUUUAUACUUGCUGACUUAGGGAAGGAAACAUUUAUCUGAAACUCAAUGACAACAAACUCUUAGGCUGAUAUACUCAUCUGAAAUUCCAAUGAGGGUUAAUAGAAGAAGUAUUAAGUUUUCACAUACUGAGUAUUAUAUUGUCGAGUAACUUUUAGGUUUAUUACUUUACAAUUUUUCUUCUUUGUUAUACUUCAGAAUACACUAUGAAAUAAACAAAGUGAUGCAACUAUACAGCAGGUUAUUGUAUGAAAAAUAAAUAAAAGUGUUUUAUCACAAGGA